AACAAAUUACACAUACGUGUUGGCAACAAUCAGUUUAUUGUUCAUUGUUUUCUAUUUAGCCUUACCAAAUAAACACAGGGUUUAGAAACUUAGUUGAACUCAUAUCGUACUCGUAUCGUACUCGUAUAUCUAUGAAAAAAAUAGUAAAGUCGUGAUAAGGAAAACGAGCAUUAAGUUUGGUUAUCAAUUCGCUUUAACGAAUUCUGUAAACAUAAUUUCUAUAAGUUGUUUUUAAUAUCGGGGAAAUGAACUAAGUAUUUACUAUCGGGCUUCGAGGUUAUCGUUCGUUCAUUAGUCAUUUGCCGCCAGCCAGUCGUUGAGCUUGUACACACGUAAAAUGACAGUUUGUGUUGUGUUAGUUUUGCAGCCGAUAUGCGUGUUCUAUUCCUACUAACUUUUUUAUGUUUUUUGUGUUGUUCCUGGACCUACGAUAUGAUUGUCGGUGAUACAGUGCACAGGAAGAUGGUCUUCCAUCAGAGGGUUAAGGAUUUUGCGAUUCCUUUCAAGAAGAGAAUAAAGGUGUUGUCUUACCAAGAUCCAGAAAAGAGAAUUAUUAAGGGCGUAGCUGUGAUAGACAACGACUUUUCGCACGCCAGCGCGAAUGUCACAGAAGGUGGUGUGGGCAGCUCACACGUUACAGUGAGAAUGAAGAGUCAGAGACAUCACCCGUUAAAUUUCGAAGUAGAAAUAUAUGUGUAGUGGACAGUUAUACACCUCACCCAGAAACUCCCAUUUUAAGCUGUAUCUACAUUGAUAUAAAUAGCGGUUACCCACGAUUUCGUGCGAAAAUAAAUACACAGUUUUCUCAGCGCACGCCACUUUUUGCUACUUUGGGUUACAUUACGGCUAUUUUUUUAAGGAUCUUUAAUAUUUUUGAAUAAACUUUAUAGCCUAUGCUUCUUUGUGAUAAUUAAGCUUUCUGGUAAUAAAAUGAUGGUUAAAUUUGGUCCAGUAGUUUCGGAGCCUAUUGGGUGCAAACAAACAAUAAUUUUACACUUAAAAUAUGCAUUAUUAAGUCAAUUUUAUUUGGACGCUGUAUUCGACUUCAUAUGAGAGUAAGAGUGCAAAUCGUAUUCUUAAGAUGUUGGUUAAAUGGUUACUUACUUUUUUUUUAACCUUUAUUUUUUAAUUUACUUUACCAAUAUUAUAAAUGUAAAAGUGUCUGUUUGCUUGUUUGUCCUUCUUUCUCGCCUUAACGCCGCAACAAAAAACUAGAUUUUUAGCAUAGAGCUAUUUUAAAGGACGGAUUAACGGAUGCACAGACGGACGGACUACUUUUAUACCACUAAAACUAACGCGGGCAAUAGCUAGAAUCAUACGAAAUGUAAAAUCGUUUAGUUAAUUACUAAAACAAAAUAGAUUUUCUUGCGUAUUUUUUUUGUAAAAUAAUCAUAGUCUUAGUUAGCUUAAUAAACCUAAGUUUAAGACCCCUACGACAUUGGGAAGCUCCUUGGUGAAACGUUCCACUGUAAUCUCGAAUUUGUGUUCUUGAAAAUUAGCGUUCGUGAUAAACCGCAAACAAAUAAUUAUUAUAAAACCUAGAUUAAAACCAAAUAUAAAUUUAUUUAUUUCUAGAUAAGAUGUAAUCGUAAACUUUUAAUAUUAUGAAAUAUUUAGCAUAAAUAGGGAAAGUUACGAACUCAUUCAAUAUUUAUUUAUCAGAUUCUUAUCUUGAUACUACGGUAAAAUAAAUACGCUCAUUUGGCUUUAUCUAUUGUUGUAAUGCAAAUAUAAUUACUGAUGCAGUUUGAUUUUAGAUGCCAAAGUUAUUUAUUUAAGAUUUAGUUAUUAAACUACAUCAUUACAGAUGUCACGUAGUCUAAUGCAAAGGUCAGGAAUUCCUACACAAACAGAUCGUGUUCUGUUUUCUUUGUUUGUAUACACAGUCUCACAUAGUCAUGUUUCUACAGCAGCACGAAUUCUAACACGGAUCUGGUUAACAUAUGUUCGUCUCCUGUGUUAAUCUCAAAAGCCCCAAGUGUAUAAUUAUUUUAAGUGUUCAAGUUACCACAACGUCUGAGUUACGUUUACUCUGUUUGUAUGGAGUUCUGAAAUCAUGUGUUUUGUGUUAUCUUUAUUUAAACAUUAACUUGGAAACUUAUGUGGCGUUGGACUAGGAUCCUUAUUUUGUACGGUUGUUGCCAUUUAUUAACUAAGUUUUCGUGGUCCUUUUAUAUAGGAAUAGUUCUUUCAGUUUUUUUUUAACGUUUAUAGAAUAUAAAUUAUAUAAUCUAAAUUUACGCCUCCUGAUUUAAAAACGAAAAUUCUUUAUUAAAUUCGAAGGCAAGUCCUUAUUCACUAGAAACCAUUGAUAAAUAUGUUACUAUCCUAGAAACACAAAUUGGGCCUGUCAAUAUAAAACUAAAUGCAGAUGUCGAAUAUUAACUAUUGAUUCCUGCAAAACGUAAAGUUAUACUAUUAAACGUAAAAACAUA